GAAGGUCAACCUGUUGUCCUGGAUUUCAUUGAUUUUGAUUUGAGUUUGAGGCAUUCAUUGGCACAGCGCGCGUCGCAGUUUACGUUGUUUUGCGUUGUUGCCCCUAAAUUAUUUCAUUAGUCAACCUCGAAUCGUGAAUAGGCGAAGACCGUGCUUAGUGAACGCGUAAAAUAACUUAGUAUACAUUUUAUUCUGAAUUAAGUUAAUUGUUUCUCUUCGUUUUCGCUAUGGCAAACUAUAAAUCACAAGUGUUUCUUUUUUUAGUCGUCUUUGGGCGGUAUAUUGUUUGCCCUAGUAAUGUUUACGAGCGUUCUUUAAUGCCGCGAGUUGCAAUUUCGAUUUUAGCUCGGAAUAAAGUUAAUAGUUUACCGUAUUUCUUGACGUGUCUCCGGCUAUUGGACUACCCUAAAGAUCGCAUUGACAUAUGGAUUCAAACCGAAAAUAAUUAUGACGAGACGGACGAAAUACUCCACAAAUGGGCUGAAAGGUAUAAGCAUUUGUACCAUUCAUUUCAACUACACUCUUUUGUGUCAUCCGAGCCCCAGGAAGGUAAUAACGAGGUCAAAGUUAUCUGGAAUACGGCUCAGUACAAACAUGUCUCUAAGUUGAGGGAGGAAGCACUGAACUUUGCGAGGGACAUCCGGGCUGAUUAUCUCUUUAUGUUGGACGCGGACGUGAUCCUGACGGAACCUGAUACUUUAAAGAUUCUCGUCGGUCGCAGAUACAAGAUUGUAGCUCCAAUGCUUUUAUCGGAUGGAAUGUAUUCCAACUUCUGGGCCGGCGACACGAAGGAUUAUUCCUACGAGAGAUCUUCUUACUUUAAGAAGUUUUUUAAAAGGGAUAUACUUUAUCUCGGAUGUCACAACGUCCCAGCGGUACAUUCCGCGGUUCUGAUCUCGCUAACAAACGAGUCGUCCAAAUAUCUUACCUAUUAUCCCGAAAAGAAUUCGGGCUACAUGGACUACGGCGAUGACGUCUCAAACUUCGCAGCGAGCGCGAACCGCGCAGGUUCCAAGAUUAUGCUGUGUAACGAUCAGUUGUAUGGCUUUACCACCAUGCCGAGCGACGACAACGAACUUGUAAAGGAGGCACAAAGAUUUCUCAACUUGAAGGUGGACGCGUUGGGGAACGAAGUCGAGUUCCCUCUGGACUCUUAUCUGAAGAAGUACGUGACGUACCCAAAGCGCUCCAGGCUAGGGUGUAAUAUGGUAUACAUGAUUAAUCUCGAACGACGGCCGGCCAGGAAGAAGCUGAUGAUGAAGACUUUCAAAGAACUCGGAAUAGAUGUAAAAAGGCUACCCGCUGUGGAUGGAAUAAUGCUCAAUUCGACCACAAUGCGACGCUUGAACUUACAGUUUAUGCCUGGUUACGAAGACCCCUACCAUAAGAGACCAAUGAAAGCGGGCGAAAUAGGAUGUUUCCUGAGCCACUACAACAUCUGGAAGAAGAUCGUUAGCAGGAAGUACUCUCUGACCAUGGUUCUCGAAGACGACGCACGUUUCUCGCCUAACUUCCGCGACAGCUACUUUAAAAUGCUGAUCGAAGUUAAAAGGCUCGAUUUUGAUUUUAUAUACUUGGGAAGGAAGAUAAUGACGGACGGUGAGGAACGAAUCACUGCUCACACGACUCGGCCGGGUUACUCGUACUGGACUGUGGGCUACUUGCUGACUGACAGGGGAGCUAAGAAGCUUCUCGAGGCCAAGCCUCUUCAGAACAUGUUGCCAGUCGACGAGUUCCUUCCCAUCAUGUUCGACCAGCACCCGAAUUCGACGUGGAAAUCUUACUUUCCGAAGCGCGACCUCAUAGCUCUCUCCGCGCAUCCGCUUCUGGUCCAGCCCACACACUACACCGGCAUGCCGGGCUACGUCAGCGACACGGAACUGUCCUCGAUUGUCAAUACCAGGACCUACCUGUCACGUAGAGAUCUUUAAAGAUUUUGACGAUACUACUUGCGGAUACUUUCAGAUUUACGAUUUAGCUCAUUAAAUACCGUUGUCACCCCCUUCAAUGGGUGUAGCUUGUAACUUUUAAAUUCUCGAUGUUAAAUGUAACUUAUUCCAAUGUAUGGAUCGCUCUGAUGUGUUGCGCGCGCGCAGAUCUCGAACGCGGAUGCGACUUUUAGUAAUUAUUUUCCAUUCUAUUAUUCAUAGGAAUAACACAUACGACGUAAUUUUAUAUAAUAAAAAUAAGGUAAUUUCUUCUGGGGUAGGAUGGCCUCCUUAACAGGUUAACACCCCUCCCACCUCUUCAAAUUGAUCCUUAAACUUUUUGACUUAUACAAAAAAAUGCCAAAAACGCAUCAAUUAUUUAUAUUAAAAUUUAUAACUGUUUAUAAAUAUCUUACUUAACUUUAAUUUUUUUUUGUAUAUUCUCUAUUAUGAUGUUAUAUUUUUAUAAAAAUUUACACAAUGACUGAUUGUAGUUAUUUUACGUACACAUGUAUCUAUAAAUUAAAAUAUAUUAUUUACACUGUUUAACAAAUGCAUUUAUAGUGUUAAUAUUUUACAAUAAGUCUCGUUUUCUAAAACAUAUUUGUUAUAUCUUCGGAGUACCUAAUUGUUAUAUCGCUUAGUACUUACAUAUUUUGAGUCGACCUUAUGCUACGUUUCAUUUUGUGCGUUUUUUGUUUGCGUUGCUUAUUAUAAAUAAACUUCAACCGCGAUACUAUCGUUUGCCGAGAGUAGGCGCAGUAUUAUAACCUUAGAAAUUAGUCAAUAUUAUAAUGUGGAUUGUUGCGACAAAACCGCACAAACUUAAACGUAGAAUAUAAUAACAAAAUAGUAAAAUAAAAUAGUGCUAGUCGUUUAUGCCAUUCUUGUAUUUUAUGUGCCAUGAAUAUGUUCCUAGGUGUUAAUUAAACGCAAAGUAAAAACCAAA